AUGAGCUCAUCUAGCGACAAUACCACCUCACACAAGAAAGGAGACAACGAUGAAAGCCGAAGAAACCGCCGUAACGCGUUGAAAGAGUUCUACAAGCUCAAGAAGGAAGCGGCCACCGAAGAACCGGAAAUCACUGUGAAGUCCCAAGAUGACAUGGACAGUAUUUUGAAGAACGCCAGUUUGAAAGACCUUAUUGCCUUAGAAAACAAAGUACACUACCAGAUCAACAGCAACAAGUCGCUUAUCAAGAACAUCAUCUACAACAACUAUUUCGAACUCAUCAAGAUCAAUGGCUAUUUAAACGAUAUGGUUAUCAAAGACAGCACUCCUUCAUUUCCCCAGAAUGAUGAACAGCCAGAAGACGAAGAUGAUGACGAUUUGGUGGCCACCACCACCACCAUCGCCACUGCCGCUGGCCAGAAGAAAGAAUUGAAACAAUUGGGGGCUCUUAUAGAUGACAAUGAACUGGAUAAUAUGACCUCAACAACCACCGGCGCCCAGAAUAACUCCAAUCACAUCCUUGACGAGAUCUUCACCCUCCAACGACAAUUGGCAAAGAUUGUGGAUGACACCCGUCUGACCGCCGUCGAUUAUGUAAUCUCUGGUGAAAGUGUUACGUAA